GUAUGAGUAGUGAAGACUGCUAUCUUUACGCUGACCUAUUUAAGGAAGGCUUGGACCAUCACGCUCCUAGCAGCAACAAAAAGAAUAGAGCAAUUUCUUCUAUUUCUAUGGAGUGUGAUUCUUUUUUAAACGGAGAGAACUCUGCUCCCGUUGAAACUUGUACCAAAUCUUCUAUCGUCUCAGGGCAAAUUUAUCAGGAAAAAUCUGUAGAAUCGAAACCAGCGGGUUCUGGUGGGCCAACAAUUGAAGAGCUUGACAACCAAUUAUUGGGACAGUUGUUCAAUGCAGAUGGGCAAAAAGAUACACUUAUCUAUCAAAUGAAAGCAGAAAACCGACGUCUUCGAGAAGAAAAGGAAGAAUACGAAUUGGAGAUGUGUUCUCUGAAGAAGAGGUGUGAGGUGCUGGAGAGGAACAUCUCGGGGCUGUACAAGUUCACUGGCUACAACCUCCAUCGCCAGCAACACAACAUCGCCACUCUCAACCAAAAACUCGCAGUAUGCGAGAGUGUGUAUGGAUCCAAACAAGUAGACCGACUAGUUCAAAUGCAGAAAAAUGGAGUUGACCUUGAUGGGUACUCGGACAAUCCGUACAGAGAGAAGUUUCUGCCUGAUUUUAUGAAGCCACCAGCUUCUGUCAGGGAACAUUACAAGUGGUACUACGAACGGUGGGCGGAACUCAAAUACAAAGCAGACCCAAAGAGCCAAAGUAUCCGAGAAGUUUGUGGCUCUCAGAAACAACGGACAGCUAAUAAAAGUGAUGGAAGCGAUAAGCGAGGUGACAGUAAAAAUGAGAAUUUCAGGAAAGUUAAAAAUGAUAGCUUGAAAGGUCAGAGGUCAACUGAUGAUAUUUUUCUAGAAGGUUUCGAUUUCAAAGGAGCACGAUCUGCUUCAAAAGAGGCCAAUGACACAUUUCAGUCGGUUGUAUUACACCAGAAAACUACAGCUGAAAUUAAUAAAUCGCAAUCAAGUAAAGAAAAAUCGGACCAAUUCAAUGCAAAAGAGCAGGCACCGAGACACUUCCAUUCAAAAAGUGACAAAAUUGAUAGAGUUGACUUUGAAAAAAUAAAAGAGGGUGCCAGUUCAAGUUAUAGAAGUGACAGCCGGCAGAAUAAAGCAGACGAAAAGGAAAGACCGAGGGAAGCUAGGCGCAAAAGGGAGAGAAGGUCUCGUGAAAAAUCUCGUGACAGAGAACGUGCCAGGUCGCCAAUCUUCUCAAGUAAAGAGCGCUCUUCGGGAAGAUCGUCUGAAAAAUUGAGGAGUUAUUCAAAGUCUGAUCUGAGAAAAUCCGAAAAUGAGCGAAUGUCUUUGAAACAGUGUCGUGGAACCGAAAAUUGUGAUUCGUUACUGGAAAUUCCCGCGAAGAAAGUAAAUGAUUCGAACAGAUUACUGACGAGCCAUGAUGUUAUUUCGGUUAAGCAUGUUAGUGCAUGUGAAGAUGCCAUUAAUAACCUAGCUGACGCGAAUAUCACUAAAGGGUCUGAAGGAAAAGUUACUGGAUCCCUUCGCAGUGAGAUUAUUUCAACAACAUUGACAAUUGAGUCCAAAAAAGAUGACGACAUAGGAGAGAUAAAAGGUCGGAUAUCUGCACCAAAAGAGAAUUUAGAAUGUGGACAAAGCUCGACUGAAGUAACUGAGAAAAUAAAUGCAGGAGCGGAAUCUUCGAAUGAGGUUCAGAAGGAAACAUGUACCAACUUCAACACAGUCGACGAAUUCAAACUACUACGUGAUAGACUACCAUUCGAAUGUGAUUCUGGCGGUGACUAUCUGAAUGAAAUUAAAAUCAGCAGUCAAAAUUUAUCAGUGGCUGAGAUUGACCAAAUUCACAAAAAUGUGAACAAAAAAUCUGAAAAAUUAAACGAAAUUCAUGCGAAUAUGAAUCGAAGUAGUGAGGGUUUGUAUGAAAUCAUCGAAAAUUUGAAUAAAAGUCUUGAAAAAGUGACAAAAAUUCCUGAAAUUGAGACUGGAAUUGACGAAAAUUUGAGUGUUGCGAAGAAUAGAGUUAACACAAAUAGAAUUGAAAUUGAUCAUGAUUCCGAGGAAGGAGAAGUCUUUGACGAGGAAGGUCCAGGUCGAAAAGUGCGAGUUGAAAGUAUAAAAUCUGAAGAACGGUUAUUCGAUCUAGCUACAGAGAAUAAACUUGUCAUUCGGAGUAGUUCAUCGUUUAGUUCACAGAAGCGCAAUGAAAAAUCAAGAAAUUCGACCAGAAAAGAAGAAAGAAGCGUUAAGAAAAGUGACCGUUCUAAGUCUCGUUCGAGAAGUCGCAAAGACAAAGAAUCUCGUGAUAAACCGAGCUCCCGUCACGAAUCAAAAUACCAACGAACUUCUAGCCGCGAAAAGAGAUACAAAAGUAGUCGCGACAGAAAACGCUCUAAGUCUAGAUCGAAAUCAAUCGAAAGAUCAAGAAGGAAACGAAGCCAUGAAAGGUCGCGCGAGGAUGAAAAGAAGCGCACAAAAAGAAAGCGUCGAGAUGAUUAUCGUGAUGACAAAGAAAACGUUAGAGAUAGUAAACGAGGAAAAAGUGACAGAUGUUAUUCCGAUAGAAUUGUAGAUCGGUUGAGAUCCAAAUCCAGAUGUACGAACAGAACUUCGAGUGGCGGUGUUUCCGCGAAGAAAGUCUUAUCGUCGCGGGAAAAUAUGAGAAAAACUCCUGAUGAUCAAAAGGAGGAAAUAAAAGAGGAGAUAGAAACUCCGACCAGAACAGAUCGCUUGAUAUCGAAUUCGAAAAUCAAGGUCAAAAGUGACUCGGAAUCCCCAAAAAGAGCUCAUUCAAAAAAUGGUUCAAGUUUUCACUUAAAACAACUUGUUCAAGUCUCUUUGGAAAAAACUAAAAGUGAAGAACCUAGAAACGAAGACUGUUGUUUAGAUUCAAAACCUAGUAGUGAACCAGUUGAUUUGAGUUCAAAUUAUUUCUCGAACCCUGCCAAAACAGGUCAGAAAUAUCUUGAUUCUGAGACUUUUGAUUCGAACGGGAACGUAGUCAUUGGAGACAUCGGCGAUAAUUUUAAAUCAUCGGAAAAAUUGGACAAUAAAUUGGACCAGCUCAACAGUUCAUCAGGCUGUAGGGAAUCAUUCACAAAUGUCGAAGAAGAAUCAGUGUUUGUGGAAAACUAUUUGUUCUGCAUGUACCAAGCUGAUUACAAUGAUUGUGAUUAUUUCUAUGCCAGCUUGAGCAGCUUUGAGAGCGAACAGAAAAAUUUAAUGACUGAUUUUGACCAUCUGUUGCAGCAAUGCUACCAAGCCAAAAAUUUCAUCAAGACGUCAAAGGUAGUGAAAACUUCUAUGGCAUCGCCGGAGCAAGAGACAAAAAAAAAUGAUAAAUUGUCGCAAAAAUGGAAAAUUUGUAGUCCUGGACGUUUGAAUGACUCGCCAUCCAAGAACACAAGGCAAGCAAAAAGCGAAAAAUUGCGAGACAAUUAUUCUGAUCUAUAUGGAAGUGCGGAGAGCAAGUUUCCCGCCUUUUGUGUACAAAAUCAAACGUUAAAAGUAUAUACAAAUCCUGCAACUAUGAAUGAUUCGCCUUCUAAAAAUACUCGACGAGCAAAGCGGCUGCGUCUGAGUUCUCAGAAAUCUAAACAAAAAUUGGACUCCGAUUUGAAUUUAAAAUCACCUAGCAAAGUUUUGUCUAAUCCUGGCGAUGUACAAGAUAUCUCGUUGGGUCAAAAUAAUUGGAGAUCUCUCAGUCAAAUUUUAGCCGGAUUGACUGACGAUACAAAGGAAAAAAAAACUUUAUUUGACUUUUCUCUUGAUAAUUCGGCUUUCUUGUCAAAAAGAGAAGUCACUCAGCCUCAAAAUGAACCCGAUAGCAGGGUAGCUCUUUCGUCUGAUUCCGCAUUUUGCAGCAAACCAGAAAAAGAUAAUUUUCCAUGUGCAACUGAAAACGAACCAGAAAUGAACAUUGAGUUUAUUGGCGAUAGAGAUAGGGGAACUUCCAAAAACUGUCGUGAUAUCAAAAAGACGUUGGAAGAGUCAACAGAAUACAGUAGGGAGUGUAAUGAAAAUUCGAAUAGCUGCAAUGAAAUCUUUAUAGAUAGUUGUUUAGUUGAGCCUGCUCACGAAACGGUGAUUUCUGGUGAUUUGGAUGAAUUAGAAAAGACUAUUGUUGCUCCCCUGAACGAUGAUUGUGCCAUUGAUCAAUUUGAGUUCUUAGAAUCAGAAGCCAACUCUGUUGAAUCGAACAAUAGAAAAGCCAUUCAGAUCAUAAAUAUGUUAGAAGUUACACGUGACGCAAAUGAGCGGACGGAAAAGCGGAGUCAAUCUGGCCAUUGUAUGUCAAAUGAAAAGAUGUUUGAAACCCUGAACAAAUCGAGUUCGUUAUCUCAGCAAAGUCGAAAUCAGUUGAGUUCGGAUAGUGAGGAUGGUCUGAGGCCUCGUGGGAAGCGGAAACUUUGCAAGCGCAAAUUACAAUCUCGGGCAAUUUUGGAUACCAGUUCCGACGAAAAUGGCAAUGAGGCUGCAGUUGUAAGAUUGCCGCCAAAGAAACAAAAGAAAGAAAAAACUAGUACGGAAUAUAUCAAGCUUCUAAAGAAUGCAAAACACAUAAAUGGUUCUGAUUUGGAAGCUGAUAGUUCGCUAAUCCAAACUAGCAAGAACCCGAAAUCUAGACUGCAAAUUUUCAAGGACAAACUAAGAAACUCUAGUUGUCGCAUUGGCAAAUAUGGUAAAAUUCAAAAAAGGCGGGCUAGAAGUAGAAAUAAACUAGUGAAGCGAAAACAUUGGGAAACACUUUACGAUGAAGUAAUGAAAAGUAAAAGUAAAAUUGAAAAUAAAGUUGAGGAUUCUGAACAUGAUGAUUAUUUUGGAUCUGUUGCAAAUAAACUUGAAGAUGAACUUGAAGAAAAUGUUACAGAAUUAAGCGAUGAAAAAGACAAAAAAACUUUUGACAAUGUGUAUCAUACUGACUCUGAAAAUGAUACCACUCAAAAAAGUGAUGGAAAAAUUGAAAUUGGUGGUGAAGUUUCUGGUGGAAAGGAUUUUUGCUACCAAGAUUUCGACUGUGUAGAUGAACACGAACACCUCUCUGGGGAUUUAUCUGGUAAUGAAGAAGAUUUAGAAGAAGAAAGUGUACUAUCAGAAGACGAUGACCUGAAUGGGACUAUUGAUGAAUCUGAUUGUGAUGCAAGUUCGGAAGCUUUAGAUAUUGUGACCGACAUCUCAGACCCAAGCGAGGUUGAAGAUAUUGAAAAUCUAGAAAGAAAGGGGAACAAAUCAAAGAGUGAAGAAUUUGCGAAUGAAGCAGUUUAUCAGAAUGAAAACAAAAUCAAUAAAGAUAAUUUUACAAACAGAGACAUCGUAGAAACUAAUAAUAAUUUGAAUCGAGCUAAUGCGUCAAAUGAAAACAAAUGUGAUAAGGCAUUUGAUGAUGUGAAAGAAAGUGAUGAGCUUGAUGAUGGAUCUCAACUAUCUCAAAGUGAAAGUGCAACCAGCUCUCCGCCUUUAUCUCCCGUAAUCAAAAAAAGAAACUCAAACAAUGGGAGUUGUCCACUUUUAACAAAUUUAGUAAGUGUAAAUAAUAGUUUGUCUGGUAUUAAUUUGGUCAGUCAGUGUUAUAAUUCAGACUCGGAAUCUGAGUGAAAAAGAUUGCUGUUUUUUAUCUGACUUUCAUCUCCUUGUUUUUGCCAGUUGAAAUUGUGUUUGCUGGAAUAAUAUUUUGAAAAUAUUUGCUGAGAAUAGUAUUGCCUAAUUAUUUGUCCAUAGUUGCCUCGUUUUUGUUGCAGUUGUAGAUUUUUGUGAUUGUUUUAGUGUUUUUUUCUGAAUGAUAUUUUCGUAGUUUUAGAGUGAUAUUAGC